AUGGCCGCUUGCGCCCGUGCUGCAGGAUGGCCUCGGACUUUGAGUCUCCUGGCAGACGUGGCAAGCUGCCGUCUGACAGGAGAUGUCGUUACUUCUACGGCGGCCGUGGGUGCUUGUGAGAAAGCAGGGGAGUGGGAGAAGGCUCUUGGUGUGCUGCAUGCGGGCAUGGCGGCCCGCGUCCAGGGGGACGUGGUCGUCUACAAUGCUGUCGUCAGCGCUCAUGCGAAGGGGGCCGCAUGGCAACAGAGCCUCCUUAUGCUGGAACUUCUCCGCGACCAGGCGCUGCAGAAAGAUGUCAUCAGUUACAACUCGUCGAUCAGCGCUUGCGCUCCGGCGCUGCAGUGGCAGACCGGCCUGGGAUCGCUAAAGAGCCUCCGGGCCAGCGCAUUGCAGCCGGAUGCAAUAUCUUGCAAUGCUUGCACGUCCUGUUGCGCGGGCGUUUGGACCCGCGCCGCGGCCUUGUUGUCAGCCGGUGCAUGCAGCGUGGUGGGGUACAAUGCCCUGGUCAGCGCCUAUGAGAGAGGCUCUUCCUGGACCAAAGCUCUCCGCGUCUGGUCAGAUCUUCGCGAUCGCGAAGAUGCCGACAGCAUCACCUUCAACUCUGCCGUUUGUGCCUGCGACCACCCAGGGCGAUGGCAGCUGGCAGUUCAAGUCUAUGGGCUGCUGCACGAGGCUCGCAAGCCGCCGGACGCGGUUGCCUGCAGUGCGGUCAUCUCUGCCUGCGAGAAAGGCCGGCAGUGGGAAAGAGCUCUUGCGUUGCUCUUUGCGCCAAAGAUGCGGCCAAACGUCCCUGCCUUCAACGCAGCCAUCAGCGCAUGCGCGGAGGCCAGUCGUUGGCCGAAAGCUUUGGCGUUGUUCGGAUCCAUGGAAGCAGAACUCCUCCAGCCCGACGUGAUCUCCUUCAACACGGCGAUUUUCGCUUGCCAGAUGGCCGGGCAGUGGAGUCUCGCGCUGAGCUUGCUGGCGGAGUGUGGUGCGAAGGAAGACGGGGUCGAAUGUGACCUCAUUUCUUUCAAUUCCGCGAUCUUGGCCUGCGAGAAGCCAGGCAACCAAUGGCGCCACGUUCUGAAGCUGCUGUCUGCGAUGGAGAAGAGGCAACUACAGGGAAAUGCUGUCACCUACGAUGCGGCCGUCCGGGUAUCUCAGCUGCAACCAACAGGGGGCAUGGACAGCGGCAUUCAUGACCGACGCUGGAGCGGCAAGCGGAUGACGAAGUGCAAACAUCAGCCCCAGAUUUCCAGAUCGCAGGAGGGGCAUGGCGUUUGUGUCACACGGGCGCUGGGGGCAUCGGAACCUUCCGCAGCCUCUGAUGUGGACGAUUUCAUUGAUGCCCAGGUGUGCCACUGCCCGGACUCUUUGUUGGGCGAAGACCCGGAGAGCGCGUCAGAACAGCCCACCUUCCUCUGUCAGCAGUGUGCCGAACAGCGCGGUUGGGUGGUCGAAGUACCGGCCGCCGCUACCGAGGACUGCAGCGAGCUGGAAGACGAGCAGGAGUCCAUUUGCUGCGAGGCAGCGGAUCCGAAAACUGACGAGGUCGACCCGCGCGUUGAGGCGCCGAAGUGCGACUGGCAGAUUCCAGACAACAAGUUCUGGGGCAUUCACAAUCGCGUCUUUGCCCUCCGUUCCUCUGCAUGCAUGUCGAAACAGGAGUCCAUUUGCUGCGAGGCAGCGGAACCGAAAACUGACGAGGUCGACCCGCGCGUCGAGGCGCCGAAGUGCGACUGGCAGAUUCCAGACAACAAGUUCUGGGGCAUUCACAAUCGCGUCUUUGUCCUGUGA